CAUGUUUUGCAAAAUAACCGCUGGCGCUGGAGUCGCUGAAAGCAAAGAUGUCCGCAAAAAUCGCGUAUACACAUAAUUUAAUUAUCGGAUUUUAAUUGAAAUAUUGAGACAUUUUGAGAUGUGUGAUGUGUGUUAAAGUGUUUUGUGUGUGCCCGUGAUAGUGUCGUGUGUCGCCCUGUGCUGAAAUCUGUGCUCCAAGUGGGUUUUUUCUGGCUCUGGGGGCCUUAGGAAAGGAGUAGUGGUGUGCAAAGGAAUUAACCCUGUCUUCUCAUCUGCUUCGUCACAUUUUCAACAUCAUCUGUGGCACCGUGGAGGUGCUUUUGUGUCCCAAAAACACAACUGGCGGACGCAUGGAGAGCUACUGUGCAGAUUGAGUGGUGUGGCAGAUGGUUAUAAGUGCCCCAAAAUGCAAAGUGGACAGCCAGAUAGCCCUAUUUGAUUGUGGAGAAAAGAAUCCCAUUAACUUGGUGUAUGUUUUCUCCAGAGGCACAGAGACACUCAUGUUUAGUUGAUUGAAGGCACAAUUUUGUGCUAAAAUAAUCUAGAUCUCUGUUUGCAAAAUUUAAAAAAAAAGUGGGCAGACAGUUUUUAAAAUUAAAAAAAAAAAGAUAAUCUGCGAAUCUUCAUACGCAGAUUUUGUGCAUAGAAAGAGACAACAAAAAAAAAUAGUGUUAUAUAGAUUAAAAGAAGAAAAAAAAGUAGCAGUAAAAAGUAAUUUAGAGUGAAUAUAAUUGAGCUGAAAAAAAAAAGUUGUGAGAGGAAGAAAGGCUAAGAGACUUUUUAUACGAAACAAAAAAAAUCCAUCCCCCUAGCACAUCCCCUUCAAAAAAGAAAGUUAUAUAUUUAAAAUUAAGUGAUAGGGCAGUGAUAGUGUGAAGUGCAAGAGACAAAAGUGUUCUUUCUCCUCUUUUUUUCCCCAAAAAAAAAGAAGGUAAUAUAGUGAAAACAACAGUGAAAAAAAAAUUAGAAAUUGUGUUCUAAAGAAAGUUUGCAAAAAGUAAAAAAAAAAAAAAAUUGGAUGAUGCAGGGUGUGACGGAAUGAAAUGGAAGCGGCUGUUCGACUAGUGCAAGGUGGUGGCCCAAAUGGGCAACGUAUUGAUGGUGGAGGUGGUGGACAGCAACCACAGCAACCGCCAAAUGCUCUGACACAUCAGGUGCGAACUGUACCACCGCCGGGGGCACCACCGGGUGCGACUCAGGUGCGUCCAAUGGACAUGCAACCGGCCUAUGCGGCUAAAUUGCAGGCUCCAAUGCAGAAAGUCAGUCGCAGUAGUCCAUUGUCGCCCCCACGCACCGCAGCCACCACCUAUUCAUGCUACACGGGCACCGUGGUACGUGAUCCAGGCGCCAGAUAUACCCAGCAGAUCCCCUACAGGCAGGUGGGUCAAUUCAGAGAGACUCCCUACAAAAUGCCUCCACAUGUUCACCAGAUGGACUACCAUCGUCUAGUGUCAAAUGUCUCCUCGGGGACGAAUAGUAUGAUGGUUGGUGGUGGAGGUAGUGGAGCACCAACAAUCCACGAAGCGACUCCACCUGGUGCCGUGGAGAGUCGUCAGCGAAUCUCACUCCUGCCAUAUGGUGCUGGGAGCUUUAUGCCUUCCACGCAGACGCGUCAGAUGCCCCAGCCGCCGCCUGAGCACGAGCUCGAUGGGCAGCCGGGCAUCAAGAGGAUCUGCCUGAGUGAUGCUCCGGGGGGAAUGUUGAAGAUUGAGGAGCAAGAUGCACAAUCUGGAGCGUAUCAGCCACGGAUAAAGCGGAUAUGUGUGGAUGAGACAAUGGGAAUGAUGAAGAUGGAGGAGCCGGAUGCUUCACCGAGUGCAGGAGGAGGUGGAUAUCAGUCGGGCAUUAAGAGGAUUCGACUGCAGGAGGCAGCACCGGGUAUGUUGAAGAUUGAAGUGCCCGAUGCACCACCUGCUGCUGGGGCGUAUCAUCCACAAGUGGAGGCAAUUUCACCGACACUUCCGGGUGAUUCGGCUGAAGAACUGAGAGCCACCAAGGAUGACUUGUUGCAGCAGAUCUCGAAGGUGGAUAGUGAAAUUGGGAAGGUGGAGAAGUCGAUAGAGUUGUUGAAGAAGAAGGAGGCAUCACUGCAGGAGGCAUCAGCAAAACCACCAGCCACGGAAGAGACUUCGGAGAUACCACCAAAGCAUCGGAGUCUGGCACAGAAGAUUUAUGCGGAGAAUAAGAAGAAAGCUGCAUUGGCACAUGCAAUGUUGACUUCCCUUGGGCCACCAAUUGAUCUGCCACUGUACAAUCAACCAUCAGAUGUUGAGGCAUGCCGUGACAUCAUCCAACGCAAUGUCACCUUCAAGCCGCGUCUACUGUUGCACUGUCAGAAGAUCAAGUCGGAAAAGUCAGCGAGAAGUGUUAGCUUUGCCGAAUGCUACUUUCAGAAGUCACAGGAAUGGCUGAGGCGUGUGGAGAAGAAUGAGGGGAGUGCCAAGAGGAAGGCAAAGGAGGCCAAAAAUAGGGAAUUCUUCGAGAAGGUCUUCCCGGAACUCCGGAAACAGCGCGAAGACAAGGAGAGAUUCAAUCGUGUUGGUUCACGAAUAAAGUCUGAGGCUGAUCUCGAGGAGAUUAUGGAUGGUCUCCAGGAGCAGGCAAUGGAAGACAAGAAGAUGCGCUCCUAUGCUGUUAUACCACCACUGAUGCUCGAUUCGCAUCAGAAAAAGUACUACUUUAUCAAUGAGAAUGGCGCUUUGGCUGACAUGGAGGCUGAUUUCAAGGAUCGUCAACACUUGAAUCUGUGGACGACGGGCGAGAAGGAAGUGUUUAAAGAGAAAUUUCUGCAACAUCCUAAGAAUUUUGGGGCAAUUGCAGCCAGUUUAGAUCGCAAAACUGCACAGGACUGUGUUAGAUAUUACUACUUGAGUAAGAAAACGGAUAACUACAAGCAGCUGCUGCGGAAAGCACGUCAGAGGACGAGAAGUUCGAAGAAUCCUCAAAAGUCGACAAUAAAUCAGUCCCAAUGUAUUAUCGAUGCACUGACAACGGGCGUAACUACGAGAUUGCAACGUGAGCAGCAGCAAAAAAUUGGUGGACGUGAUCGAUCUGCAGCAACGUCAUCGGCCAGCAAUCAGUCAAGUGGGGCGGGAAAUAGUGCUUCGGGGAGUGGAACAGCUACACCAGUAUCAUCAGGACCCAGCACAGCAGCCACAGCUUGCUCCACGAAUGUCAGUGUGGCUCUGAUGGGUCAGAAUCCGGUGAAUAGUUUACUGGGAUCGUCGUCAACACCUGCGAGUCAGGAUGGUGCUUCAGCUGGGGAUGGCAAUGGAGAAGCCACCAGUCAGAGCUACCAAACGGCUCAGGCUACAACAAAUCAAGUGACAACAACAACAACAGCAGCAGCAGCUGGUCAGAAUCAUGUAGAAAGUAGUGAGAGUCGAAGUGAGAAUAACCAUCAAGGACCAUCGGAGUCUUUUUCUUCUUCUGGCUUUGCACGAAAGGAUGAUGCGUCAAAUGAGACGGCAAAUGUGGCCAGUGAACCGAAGCCCAGUGCAGAUUAUGGUGCAAUUGACAGUAUCUCAGUGCCUCACCAUCCAAUGGAGUCACAGUCGACCACGAAGAAAGAUUUGAGCAUCACACUGGAAAGAACUGGUAAAGAUGACUCAACGGAAAUCAUUGCAGUGGAUAAAGACAUCCUCCAGUUUUGCUUUGUGUGCAAGGCAUCUCUCUGCUUGCGGAGUCGUCCGUUGGAGAAGAGUCGUUGUAAACAGUAUGGAAUCCCAGAGGCGAGUCUCGUUCCUGGUGCACGUGUCUGCAAUACGUGUCAGUGCAAAUCUCUGCGCUCAAAGUAUUCCAGCUGUCCACUGCCCACAUGUCCCAAUGCUAAAGAUCGUGUAAAGCGUUUCCGGAACCUCCCGACGCGCCUUUUUGACCUGGCACCAGAGGUCCGUGAUGCCAUUAUGGCUGAAUUUCAAAUUCCGCCGGGUGUGCAAAAGUGCUGUUCAGCCUGUCUGAUUCGCAUACGACGCAAACUGGCGCCACAUAUUCAAUCGGCCGUGUUUACAGAGGAGGAAAUUGGUCGGUUGAAGGGUGCUCUGGGGGAAUUUGGGCAUAAUUGGCAGAAGUUGGAGGAGGUACUGGGAAAACCGGCGGCAAGUGUGAGAAUGUUCUAUUCGGUGAAUAGGAAAAAGUGUGGACUGGAGGAGGCUGUGGGUGAGUACUACAAGAAGAAUCCGGGUGAAAUGAGGGAGAUGCAUGGGGAAAUUUCGGAUGUUGAUGAAUCGGACUUUAGUACGUCAUCGUGCGAUGAGAGAGAAGCCAAUAGUGACACAGCUUCGGCUGAGAGUCCACCGACAAAUUCAGCCGGAUUGUCUGUCCCUGGACAACUUCCGUCUGGACAGGGAGGUGGAUCAGGCGGAAGUGGUGGUGUUCAGAGUGGUAAAGUGACAAUGGAAGUGGACGCAAUGGCGUCCGGACAGUUGUCUCUGGUGGCUAAGAAAGUUGAUGAAGAGCGACUGCCACAGCCAGAACCGGCAAAACGUCAUUCGAUGAAGAGUGUUGAAGAGUGUGAUUCAUCGGCUACUGAGACGGCCGAUGAGGAGAAUGAACUUUCUCCGGCCAAUCGACAGAGUCCCAAGGUGCUCCUCUAUCCCAAUCAAACGACAAUUACCAUGCUACCAUUUUCGGGACAAAAUGGACCACGAGAAGUGUCAUCACCACCGCAAAAUGUCCGGGAUGUGGUGUUGAAUGUGAUUGAGAGGAGCCUAAAGACGACAACAGGUCCUCAGAUGGCUACGCCAGCAAAGGUGGGUAUCAUUAAAACACCUUUUGCCAUGGAGCCACGUCCUGAGCUAACGUAUAUGCGUGAGGUGAAGGAACAACAGCAGCAGCAGCAGCAGCAACAACAGCAGCAGCAACCACCGCAUCCGUCCGAUACACUGGCCACCAUUUCGGUGCUAAAUAGCCAAAAUCGUGCUCUAAUGGCUACGCAACAGCCACAGCCGCAGCAACAUCAUCCGGGUGUAUCACAGGCUACAGCAGCCCAAUUUGCCGCCACAAUAACUCCCGUUCCGCUGACCAAAGUCAUGAGUCCGGCUACGGCGGAGAUGCAGAAGGACACCAUGAAGAUGUAUGCGACGAUGCGUACGGAACCGGAACCUCAGACAUUGGAUUUGAGCGUGAAGAAGACACAGGCCAGGGAAGUGGUGCAAGGGACAAAGACACAGCAGACAGCUCAGGCUCAAAUGGCCAACAAUGUAGUGGCAAUGCUGAGGACUGAUGCAGCAUCGGCUACUCAAAUGAGUCUGCCGCAGCAGACUGUGUCCCCAAAUCACCUAUACCAGGCGCACCAGGCAUACCAUCAGCAAGCAACUCAAGGUGGCCGCUCAUCCAAGUCCCCGUCAGUCUUUGUGCCCAUCUCAGUGGGUCAGCAACAGAUGUACCAUCAAGUUCCGGCCACGAGAGCCAAUCCACCAACUCAAGCCACAAUGCUCAAGAGCAAAAUGAGCCCCAAACCGACACUCCAGCAACCUCCACCGCCCCAACAAACCAAUCCUGGUGGUCCCAAGGGUUCCAUCACCCAUGGCACUCCCGUGAGUUCUGUCAGUCAGGCAGCCACGUUCCUCCUUCAGGCACCACCAAGCGCCUCGCCGCGCUUCGAUUCAGCACCCCAGCAGGUGCCUGAGAAAAUUGGGAGUAUCACUCAGGGGACACCGGUUCACAUGCCACCGCACCAUCUCAAUGACAAGCAUCGGGUGUAUGAGUACUACAAGAAUCGCCAGAGUCCGGCUCAGCAGCCGCCACAGAGUAGUCCGCAGGCCAAUUUUGCCACAUCCUAUGCUCGAACCUUUGGCAUGGACCAGCAACAAUUGAGCUCCAGGCAGAUCAUCGUCAAUGACUACUUUACGUCACAGCAGAUGCACGGACAGGCCCGCGGGGCAAGAGCCAGUCAGGCUACACCCGAAAAGGAUUCUCACUCACCGCGCAAUGUGGCCACCAUUAAUGCUGGUUCAGUGGCCAUGUACUACGACAAGGAGCGUCAGAGGAGUGAUUACAUGAGUCGAUCGUCGCCAGCAGACAACACCAACAGUCUCAACAGAUCGCUGAAGACCCCUCCGCCACCUCAGCGUCAGGGUGUAAUUCAGCGUCACAAUACCGGUGGCUCAAAACCAUCGAGUCCGGCACCGAAUCGAUUGCACGUGAUGCAGCAUCACUAUCCGCCACCAGGUGAGCGAAUGGCGGCUGGUGUGAAGGAGCAGCGGGCACUAACGGCUGCCACUCUUGCAGGACACGAGGCAUUUUCGUCGUUGGUGGAUGUGGCGGUGCAGCAGCCAUUGCUGCCUGUGCCACAGGACAAGCGCCCGCCCAAUUUUCAGGGUAGUCCUGCCACACACCACGACAUCCGGCUCCACCAUAUGGCCUUCCAGUUACACCAGCAUCAGCGAUUCCAGCAGCUGCAACAGCUCGACAUGAAAUUGGAUGCCCAGAAGAGGCAUGCUCCUCAUAUGUCACAAGCCGCCUUCGAUGAGUUGCAAUUUGAACGGGAAGGCCGCGAAGAUCCUUUUGGUGGUCGCGAUGGUCAUCCACAGCAGCCGCCACCGCAUGAACUGAUGGAGCGACAUGCUCACAUUGAACGUGAUUUGCAUUCAGACCAUGAACGUCUCAUGGAACGGGAUGCAAUGCUGGUGAGUGCAUCGGAGGAACGGGCAGCAAUGCACAAUGCCGAGAUGGAAAAGGUGGCUGCUGAGCAAGAACAACAGAGACGUCUGGCGAUGGCACAGCCACAGUAUGAACCACCAAAAGUUGCUCCACGUCAGAUUCUCGACCGUGAUCGCGAUAGAACGGAACGAUCUAUGGUGCCGUCAAGAUCAACAGAUGGAACACUCACAGCUGCCAAUUUGAUCGAUGCUAUCAUUACACAUCAGAUCAAUCAGAGUGCAUCGGAACCACCACCAGUUUCUGUGAGCAGAGCUCUCCACAAAUCGGCAUUCUUCGCUGGACGUGAUUUGCACAGUGGUGGGGUGUAUGAGAAUAGUGGCAGUAGCGGAGGUAGCAGUGGCAGUGGUGGUGCCAGUGGCGGUGGAGGAGGCAGCAAUCAAGCGGCCAAUGUGAUAAAGAUCGGCUUUGAUAGUGAGCCAGAUGUUAGAAUGCCACCCAGUGGUCCAGUUAUGACCAAAAAUAUUACAAUUGGUCAAUUGACAGAUUCGAUAAUUCAGAAAGAUUUUGGACCCAAUCCCUUUCAUCCGCUGCGUCAGACGCAAUUUAUGCAGUAUCCGGGGCCUGAGCAAUUGAUGGCAACUGAUCAAUGGGGUAGGCGUUUGGGUGGGAAGGAGGGUGUAGUGACGGUGGAUAGACUGAAGAAGGUGGCACAAGUGGAGGAGAUGAAGAAGGAUGAGAGUGGGAAGGAUGGGAAGGAACACAGUGGUGGUGAUGGUGGAAAUGAUGAUGUAAGACAAGUUAGUGGAAUGAGAAUGACAGCACCGAGUCCAAAUCAUGCAGCUGCCCUCAAGUCAGCUUCGGUGACGGUGUCUGAAGCGCCACCGGAGCCAAGUGGGGCUUUCUAUCAUCUCAAUGACAGUGACAGACGUCAACAUGGCGCCAUUCCAUCGCAUCAGACACAAUUUGCGUUAGAUUGCUAUGUGAAGAAUCGCAUUGUCGAGGCGAUGCGAACGGAAGAUGAAAAGAGGUCAGAUUCAAUGGAUAGAGAGAGGGAAUUACGUGAGAUGCAUAUGAAGCAGCAACAGCAGCAGCAGCAGCAGCAGCAACAACAGCAACAACAAAAUGUGCAGCAGGGUUAUGGGAAGAUGGAGGUUGUAGUGGAGAAAAGUGGCAAUAGUGGCGCUAGUGGCGGUGGGGAGUCAAAUGUCACAAUUGACGAGACAUCUGGUGGAAUGGUGAUGAAACAACCACAACCAACUUUUGCUCCAGCCACGUCCGUUACAAGUUUCUCAUCUAGCGCCUAUCACUAUCCCUACAGUGCGCUAAAUGUAACCCCAGCGCCACCUACCAGUAUAGCUACAGUGGCUAUUGCGAAAACUAGCGAAGACACACGACCUCAGCCACCAGAACCCAAACCACUUCUCUCGGCGCAGUACGAAGAACUGAGCGACGAGGAGUAGUAGGUCUGCAUUUUUUUUCUGGCGCGAUAAUCACGUGAGCAUGAGAUUACUUUUUAUUACUAUUCUAUUUUUUUUUAAUUACUCAACUCACAUUUCUCUGUCUCUCCAACUCUCUCUCUCUCUCUCACACUCUCUCUCUCAAAUGAUCUUUGUGUUAAGAAAUGAAAAAUCUUGUAAUUUUAUCCCCCAAUUUCCCUUUAUUCUUCGUUUCGCUUUUUAUAUUAAUAUACAUAUUAUUAUAAAUUAUGUAAAAUAUUAAAGAAAUGAGAAAAAAAACAUUAUAUAUUAAGAUGAAUGCGACGAGAAAAUGUGUAUUUAAUAAGAUUAUAGUCGAAAGAUAGAGAGAGAGAGACAGGGAGAAAGAGAGAGAGAGGGAAUGUGUGAGAGGGAGGGAGAGCGUACAUGAAGAAGUAAAAACAAAACGUUAUUAUUUUUUAAAUGAAAUUAUUAUUAACUAUCUUUUCACCGUGAAAAGUGCACAUAAAAUAGACAAAAAGAGAAAAAAAGAAGAAAAAAAAAUAACGUGUGAGAAAAAGAUAUUCAAUGCAAAAUAAAGAGGAAUUCCUCUUUAUGACACAAAAUGAAAGAAUAAGAAUUUCACACACAAAAACCACAACACCUUCGUUUUUAUUUUGUAUCUCAGAAAAAAAGAAGAUUUAAGAAAAAUAUUAACUAUUUAAUAAGUGAAUAAAUAAAUGAGAAGAAAAAAUCCUCCAAAAAUGUUUCGUUGACUUUUUUCUAACAUGCAAGUCUUUUUUUUUUAGAUUUCUUUAAAAAAAAAUCAUGAAACAUAAAAUAGUGAAAGAGAGGAGAAAUAUAACACAAAACAUAAAUAAAUGUUAUUUAAAGAAAAAAAAGAAAAGAAAAGAGAUAUGAAAAUUAGAGCGAUUUUUUUUCCGGGACACACACACACAAUGGAAGUAUAUAAAUAUUAGUGAAAAGAAAUGAAAAUAAAUAAAAAAAACAAGUCUUAAAAAUAUAAUUAAAAAAAAAACUUUAAUUGAUAAAACGUGCAGAAACACGAGAAAGGGUAUGAGAGAAUGACUUGAGUCUUUUUUCUAGAAUGUUAAGAUGAAAAAUAUAAAAAAAUGGAAAAACAGCAAACAAAAAAAUGUAAAUAGGCGUUAGUUGAAAAGUGAAGAAGAGUUUGAUGCAAAGUGAAGAUGAUGAUAAAAUCUGACGGUGGACUAACGAUAAUUUCUUGUCUCUUAAUGAAAAAAAAAAACAAAAAAUGGAAAUAUAUAUAAUACACACAAGAAGAAAAAUGGUAAAUACAGAUGAAAAUGCAAAUUUUUACG